UAGAAGGGGGUGUUAGCGGAUUCGGUUGCUCCUCGUGGCUGAGUUUGACCAGGGGUGAUUGAUCCGUGCUCGGUGCGGGCUGCUGGCGCUGCGCCGUGCUGUGCUGUGGCUUCAGGGACGCGUUCGGGUGGGCGCCGCUGCUGCAGAGGCGGAGGGGGCGGAGGAGGAGGGCGGCGGCGGCGGUGCACCCGAAGAUGGCGCGGCCGCCGAUCCUGUCCGUCGCGCUGCCGUCCGACACCGGCCGCGUGCUCAGCAUCCAGUCCCACACCGUCCAGGGGUAUGUUGGCAACAAAUCAGCCGUCUUUCCCCUGCAACUCCUUGGCUUUGAUGUGGAUCCAAUAAACUCUGUACAGUUUUCUAAUCACACAGGAUACCCAACAUUUAGAGGUCAGGUUCUCAAUGGAAAACAGCUCUGGGACCUUAUCGAAGGACUGGAGGAAAACCAAUUACUCCAUUAUACCCAUUUAUUAACAGGUUAUAUAGGCUCGGUUUCCUUUUUAGAUACUGUGCUACAAGUUGUUGACAAAUUACGAUCAGUCAAUCCUGAUCUUGUAUAUGUUUGCGACCCAGUUCUAGGUGAUGAAGGAAAACUAUAUGUUCCUCAGGAGCUAAUAUCUGUUUAUCAACAGAAGGUUGUUCCAGUUGCUUCAAUGCUUACACCUAACCAAUUUGAAGUUGAACUACUUACUGGAUUGAGGAUCACCUCUGAACAAGAUGGCUUGACGGCUUGCAAUACCCUCCACAGUGCUGGACCACGGAAGGUGGUUAUAACUAGUGCGUUUAUUGAAGGCAGGCUGCUCCUUAUCGGAAGUCACAAAAAAACAGAGGAACAACCACCAGAACAAUUUAAGAUUGAGAUACCGAAGAUACCAGCAUAUUUCACGGGAACUGGAGAUUUAACGACUGCUCUUCUACUUGGAUGGAGUAAUAAAUAUCCUGAUAACCUCGAGACAGCAGCAGAACUGGCAGUAUCCAGUUUGCAGGCACUCCUAAAAAGAACUGUGGAAGACUAUAAAAGGUCUGGCUUUGACCCAUCAACCAGCAGCUUAGAGAUCCGGUUGAUUCAAAGCCAAGACUACAUCCGAAACCCAGCUGUUACAUGCAAGGCUGUGAAGUAUGCUAGGACAAGCCUGCCCCGACUUUCAUGAAUCGUUGGCUUCAGUUUUGGAAUAUAGUUUCUGUUAUGUUAUAGUCCCAAAACCAGAAAUAAUCAAGUUUCAGGGGGAGAAAAAGAAUAACGAGGCAGGCUGAUUUAGUUACAGUUUGUACAAAUGGCAGAUGCAUCCGUUGCAUACAAGGAAUAUCAGCCUUGUUGUUCCUGCUGCUGUUGUUUUAGCAAGGAAUUGAGGCUUUUUCUGGAACUUCAUUGAUGAACUCGAUGUUUAGUUCUGUUA